AUGGAAGACCCAUCAAUGCCUAGUGGCUUUCUCAAUCUUUCCAAUCAGUCCUUAUCAUCGUUAGAAUCUCAGUCAUUUCAAUAUACGCGAGCGAUAACCCAAUUUAUUGAUAUAUCUCGGAAUAAGCUAUCAAAUGCGAGCUUUUUAUCAGGAUUUUCCAAAUUACUUCUGAUCAAUGCAGAUUAUAAUUUUUUCAACUCUUUAGGGUCUUUUCCAAGCUUGCCAACACUGGAUACUCUUUGUUUGAACUCAAACCAGAUUUCUGAUUUGCCAGCAGCACUUGACCAUAUUUGUUCGAAAUUUCCCAAUGUCAAACAUCUAAGCUUAAUGAGAAACCCAUGCUGCCCUUUUUUAGAUGAAAGAGUAUCGGACCAGGAAAGGCUUAAUUACAGAAUGAGUGUUAUUGCACAUUUACCAAAUUUAAUGUCUUUAGACGGGUCAAUGGUAAGUAGUAAUGAAAGAGAAAUGGCUAAUAAAUGAGCCAGAGACCAUCAAACCGGACCAAGGCCUGCUGUCACACCUUUUCGAUAUGAAGCAAUCCCUGAGCCGGCGCGUGAAACUUCGAUAAAAGUCUCUAUGAAAGCACCUGAAAAGAAAAAGAAAGCCACAACAAGUGAAGGAAACCGAUUUAUUACAAACAAAGAACUGUAA